AUGGAACGUUGCAGUGAAUCAAAACGAAAUAGGGUUAGUUGGAAAAACGUGAAUGUCGCAAAAACGUUUCUUGAUGCAUGUAUUAACGAAAUCGCCAUCAAUGGACGUGAAGGUGGUAGUUUAAAACGAAUGUCAUGGAAGAAAAUUGGGCAAACACUUGGAGAUAACCAUAACUUUUCAGUCGAUCGAAAACAAUUGAAAAACCAUUUUGAUUACCUCAAGAACAAAUAUGGAGCAUGGUUAGAUCUUAAAAACAAAUGUGGCAACAUUUAUGAUGCAUCCACUAACACCUUUAAUUUGACAGAUGAAGAAUGGGAAAAUGAAAUAAAGAAAAAUAAAUAUGUAGAAACAUUAAGGAACACAUCUCUACUAUUUCCGGAUCUUUGUGCACAACUUUUUGAUGGAGUGAUGACAAAUGGGAUUAAAAGUUUGGAACCGAUUUCUGCUGAACCUAUAACAGCAAUUGUGGUUAAAGAUGAUGAAGAGAUUGAAAUCCCAAAAGAUACAAUGGAUUCAUUAUCAUCUUCAUCAUCAGAUCCUCCACCUCCUCCAGUUAAAAAGAAACAAAAAAUGAGUAAAAAAUCGAUUGAUGAAGAAAUAUUGGGUGUGUUGAAGAUAAUAGCAGAUAAGAUGAGCAAAUCUGAAACACCUCCAAAACCUACAUUUGAAGAAUGUGAAAAGAAGUUGAAAAAGCUUGGGUGGAGUGAAGAUGAUCCUUUACAUGUUGUUGCAUGUGCGAUAUUUUGUGAAGAAAAUGAUAAUUAUAAGGAAUGUUGGAUGAAAUUAAACCCUAAGAUGUGUGCUAAUUGGGUUAAAAUGAUUGGACGUAGUAAAGGGUUUAUAUAGUUUGGAGAGUUGUGGUGUUUUUCUUUUAGGAAAUUACUAAUUGUUGGGAAAGUAUUGAUAUGUAGAUGAGAUGAGAUGAGAAUGAGAACUAUUUUAUGUUUUGGAUUAAAUUGCAAGAAUGGUCCCUAUGUUAUAGUGAAAGUUGUAGGUUUAGUCCAAACUUCUUUUUGUUGCAUUCUUGGUGUUAAGUAUCG